CCCGCCGGUAAAGCAUUACACCGCUCUAUCGUACACCGCUUCUGAAGUCAAUAUUGACUCCGCGUCCAGCGCACUAUAUUCCGCGCCGUGUUUUGCGCGGAGCUGACGUGCUGCUCGCAGGCUGGUGGCUGCUCUUCGCUCGGCUGUUGUCCUGAUAUCACUCCGCUAGCAUGGAGGAGGGGAGCGCUUGAUUAUUGUGAUGGUGGCAGCUGCUGUACACAUUGGCGACUGUAGGAUUUCCUCUCCAGCCAUCGGGACUUUAAGAAACUGCACACCUUGUUCGCGCUCGGGGAGGGUUUCGCCGUCCAAACUAAUGAAAUGCAAGUUCACGAAACAACUCCGGAGCCUGAUCGCAGCAGACGGCAAAACUUUUUUCAAAAGGACAACACAAUAAAACGACGGGCUCGCAGCAGCGGUGCUUAUGCGUGAUGGUUGCGAGUAACAUCCGGAUGUUUGAUGGAGCUCCAGUAGAGGCGAGAGAGUAACAGACCCGGUCGCCUCUCUCGCUCCUCCACGGUCCCGCACUGUUGUCUAUUGAGUGGUUGACACGGCGAUCCUCCCGGAGGAGGGAUUAACACUCAUUUAAACGCUUCUUUCUCCCCAAUUUCACUGUAUCUGCCUCCCUGGCGAAGCGGACUUCUGCCCCGCUUUGGAGAGGGGAGAGAGAGUCAGGGGGGCUUGACAAAGUUCUUCCCGAAUCACAGAUGAUGGGGGAUUUUGCCAGCCCCGCUGCCGUACCGACCGGCGGCGGCAUUUGCAUUAAUAACAGUAACGUGAACUUAAACUCUGCCAUUAAUGCAACCAACAGCAGCACCGGCGGCGGCGGUAACGUGGGCAUACCGAAGCACAGCACGGUGGUGGAGCGGCUCCGGCAGCGGAUCGAGGGCUGCCGGCGGCACCACGUCAGCUGCGAGAGCCGAUACCAGCAAGCGCACGCCGAGCAGCUGGAGCUGGAUCGCCGGGAGACGUUGAGUCUGUACCAGCGGAGUUUAGAGCAGCGGGCCAAAAAAUCCAGCAACAGCAAACAGCAGAGCAAGCAACAAGAGCCCGAUUCAACCGCGACCACCGAGCAGAGGAGCAGCACUCUGAUCGCGCUCCAGGAGACAGUAAAGAGGAAAUUGGACAGUGCCCGGUCUCCUUUAAAUGGUGACCAAAACGGUCUCAGUGAUGGGAGUUACUCUCCCACUAUAAAGAGACUCCGUAAGGAAGGAUGCACUGGAAUGGACUCUAUUGGUAGCCUCCCACCCAUUUCCCCACUUCAUACGAUGGACAUCAAACCCACCUUGCCCUUGGGCAACAACAGUGCCUCCUCAAACAACGGAACCGGCAACGGCAAUGCUGGUACAAACCAUAUUACUGGACGACCUGAGGAUUUAGGCAAAAAUGGUGGAAUGCCUGAUAUUAAACUGAAUGGUUCAUUGGAGUUGGAAGAUGGCUUUAGCCUACUAAAGGACAUGAAACAAGAGCCUUUGGACGAUGGUGGUGGAAUUGAUUCCUCGGAAACGUCACUUUCAAAUCAGAACAAGCUAUUCUCUGACAUCAAUCUGAACGACCAGGAAUGGCAGGAACUUAUUGAUGAGCUGGCGAACACGGUGCCUGAGGAUGACAUGCACGACCUCUUCAACGAGGACUUUGAGGAGAAAAAGGAGGUGAGUGACUUCACACGGGCCACAACGGAACAAAUGCAGCUUGCACAAGACCCAGCACCUAACUCUGUAGCCACGGCACCCAACAGUACACCGCAACCGCAGAGUGGACAGAUGCCCAUGGGGUCACCUCAGGUGAGACCAUCUUCCUCUGGUCCCCCAUUUGCAACGGCUGCCAAUGGGACACCGCCCCAGCAACCCUUGCAGCAGUCACCAGCAGUUGGAAUGCCAUCAGGAUCGCCUGCUAACUGCGUGGCUCGUUCUCCGCAAACGCCCACCCAAGCGCAGACCCAGGCCUCAAGGCCCGGGAAUGGAUAUAUGAUGAAUGCAGGUCCUGCCGUUGGCCCCGUGGCAUCAACUCCAGUAACAGGAGGUGGUCCUGGAUCAGGGGGAACAGGUGGAGGUGUACCAGUCCCGCCCUCCUCUGAACUUUCACCGGCUGAGCAGCUGAAGCAAAUGGCUGCCCAGCAGCAGCAACGUGCCAAACUCAUCCAACAAAAACACCAACAGCAGUCCCAGGGAGCAAACUGGUCACCUGCAGGAGCACCAACAAGCCCAUACAGUGGACCCUUUAACCCAGACAAACCAAAUAGCCCGUUGAUGUAUACGCAGGCUUUUAAUGCUAGCAACACAAUGGGGCCAAAAACACCAAGCAUGAACAACUACCUCCCACAGAACCACAUGAACAUGCUCAACCAGCAACAGCAGCAGCAGCAACCUAAUAACUUGGUUGCCCAAAACAACCUCAAUAAGCAGCUCUCUUAUAGCAACACCAAGCCACUGACUCAUUUCAGUGGAGUAGACCACAUGAGUCAGCGGAUAACACCGCCCAUGGCCAAUCAAGCCAAAAACCCGAUGAUGCCCUACUUGCAGGGCACCGCAGGGCAAGGGGGUGGGCCACCACAAGCUCCAGGUCCAAUGCCCAACCAGUCAGCCCAUUUAAAUGAAGAACAGAAGAGGAUGAUGAUGAUGAAUAAAAAAAUGCUGAGUCAAGGCAUGCCAUAUGGCUCAAUACAGCAGCAUAUACAGGAAGUUGUGGUUGGACUGCCGCGACAGGCUGGUGGAGUCCAGCCACCUCAUGGAGGACCUGGGGGAGUGACCUCAGCAGGACCUAACGGGGCAGGGCCCGGCAGUUAUAUGCCCAAUCCACAGCAGCAACAACAGGCAGCCAUGAUGAAGCAGAUGAUGGCUAUGGAGCAGGAAAAGAGGGUCCAGCUCCAUCUGAUGGAGCAGCAGAAAGCACAGCUUAUGAGAGAACAGAGACAACAGCAGCAGCAGCACAUGCUGGCAGAACAGUUACAACAGCAGCAGCAUCUCCCCAGACAGAUGAGUCAGGCACAGAGGAAUCCAUACCCGCUCCAGCAGUUUCAAGGCACGUCCCAGGAGAUGGCAGCAAGGAACCAGACACUGCAGAACAUGCGCAACGCUCGACUUCUGCAGCAGCAGCAGCAACAACAGAACCCUGGGAUACUGCAGAUGACACCCGUCCAAAAUUCGGGCGCCAUGCCUUCGCAGGGUGACAUGAGCAUGGCCUAUGGAGGCCAGGCAGGUACACAGACCGGGAUGUACCAAGGUAUGAACCCAAACAUGGGCCAAAUGCUCCAGCAGCAACAGCAGCACCAUCCCAACCAGACCGGCAUGUUGAUGGCGCAGAGACAAGGGGGCGCCGGCGGGCAAGGGAUGGUCGGCGGAGGCACUGGAGGCGGGUAUGGGCAGGGAAUGCUAAUGAAUCCGUCCCUCCCGCAGCAGCAAAUAAAAUCAGCCGGUGUUGCCCCUGGUGGGCAGCCGAUGGCCAAAGUUAGACUGCAAAGCAUGAUGGGAGGCGGAGGCCAGACGUGGCAGCAGCAGCAAAACAUGCAGGCCAUGGGCGGAAGGACUUCAAAUGACAUGGUGGCGUUUAACAGUAACCCUGCAUACGCCAUGCAAGGUGGCCAGGCUCCAAGAAUGGCCAAGCAACAUUUCGCACAAGCGAUGGGCGGACAGACUAUGGUGGACCCGCGUUCGAUAAACCCAGCGGCAAUGGGUGGGCCGAUGAUGCCGCACAUGGCAGGGCAACCAAGGACCAACCAGCCGCGGGGUAUGGUGAUGCCAGGCAUAAACCAGGGUGUGCCCAACAUGGCUGCUUUCGGACAGGGCCCUGCUCAGGGCAUGCCGGGAACAUCGGGAGGGGGUGGGCCGUACAUGCCAGGGGGUCAGCCUCAGGGCUACCAGAGGACGUCCAGUCAGGACCUGGCAUACGGUUACAGCAGCCAAUCAGGGGCUGGGGCCGGGGUUUCGUUCGGCUUGUCAGAUGGGACAGAUUUGGAUUCAACGGAAGGUUGGAUGGAAGAGUUUUUCCCCAGCCAAUAGCCUAAGGGAUUUUUUAACAGGACAAUUUUAUGGAAAAUGUGAUUCGUUUUAUUGGUUUUUUUUUUUUAUUACAUGGUCGACAAAUCUAAGAAAUAUAUUACAUGUUGUGUAUUACAUGUGUGUGCUGUCACAAUAUUUAAACCAAUUCCUCUCUGUUUGGGUUGCUUCUUGAGCAAGGAUCCGGUGUUCUGUGUGGUGUGUUUUUUUUGAAGAAAUAAGCAUUUUGGAUUUGAUCCAUUUCUGUCUUUUUUCCUCUUAUAUCCUUUCUGCUGGAUUAAGGGCAAGAGGCACUGAAAACCUGCAAAAUGACAUUGAGAAAGAUUUUAUGGAUGUUUUUAUGUAUUGUUUUUAGUUCACCCUUAUUCUGACAUCCUGUUCACGUAUGAAAGAGUGUGUGAAAAUAUGAGGUGGGCCUUUGUCAACAUUGGAUCCCUAUUCCCAAACCAAACAGUUCACCACACCUCUUUCUUCUCUUACAUAUCUUCUCUCUCUCCCUUUUUCGCUGCUCUUGACGUGUUCAUCCUCUGCAUUUUCUCUGCUUUGUGCUUGUGUGUGUGUGCUUGUGUGUGUGUGUGUGUGUGUUUGCACUAUGAGCAUCACAGCAAAACACAUCAGACUCUGUGUGCUCUCAGUGCAUGCAAGAUGGAUGCUCUGCUGUCGCUAGGCGACCGGUGUCAGUAGAAGAGUGAAGCCAUGUGUGUGUUUGUCAACUAGGUGUUUGUUAAUAUUGCUUGAAGAGAUUUGGCAGCUACAAACUUCUCCCUCCCCUCCCUAAAACUGUGAGAACGAUGUUUUCUUUAGUCACAAUGGCAGCUAGAAAGGAAACUAGGACAUGAACUCAUCAAGUAUCAAAGUAACAUUUAUGAUGCAAUUUUAACUGCCCACAGACAUUUAAUCUGAGGCAAAUUCAGUGUUUUAAUUCAUACAUCUAGAAAUUUAAACCAAUAUUUAAAUGCUUCCCAACAUUCUGUUUUUUUUUUCUCCUUUCUUUAGCUGAACAUUAUUGCUUGCGAACACUGGUUGAAGAUAUUUUAAUAAGAAAAAAAUACACCGUACAUACUGUAUUUACGCUCAUGGGUCAUACCACUUUUCAUCUUUUAUUUUACUCUUCAAAUGACAAAUAUUUAUUAGUUUCUGUAAUGUUUAAUUUCAAUCAUUGCACCACUUCCAGCUCUUGAACACACUGACACUCCUUUACCUGCUACACAAUGGCUGACAGAGGAAAAACAAGCACAUCAAGACUCCAUCAAGCCAACUGUAUUGCAGACAACUUUUCAACUCUUUCAAAUGUGACAAAAUUUAAACAAAAACAAAAAUCGACUUAAUUUGUUAAUAAAGGCAUUUUCUCUUUAUUGGGAAUAUACAUUUAUUUAUGACCCUGAUUAUGAACCAUUGUUGUGAGUUUGUCAACUAAUUUUAAAUGAAGUCUCAAAAUGUUAUCUUACUAGCCAGACUUUAGUUUUCUGCUGUUUACCAUGAGAUGCCACACAAAUAAGAACAUCUAUCUUUUCUGCUCUGUUGUGUGUUGCUACGGUAUUAUGGUAUUAUAGUCAUGGUGUCUUUGUAAUCAAACUCUAGUUUUAUCGUUUCCACUCUCUGAAGAAUGAACAUGAAUGUAACAUUGUGACUGACUUGCCUUUUUUUUUUGUGAGAAAUGUUUGUCUUAAUGGGAGAUUGAACGCAUUCACAUCUUCAGUGUUUUGCAGUGUUAUGUUGCUCUGUCAAGAGGAUUGCAGAUGGAGAGGGUAAAGCCCACGUCCUCCUGCCGUCUCACCAAAUAUCAACAAUCUGGGACCAAGAUUAACAUGUUUUUGAUUUCUGUUGAAGUCAUCGAGCUUAUCUUUUUCUUCUUUUUAUUUCGUACUGGUGCUGACAUAUAUGUGAUGGAAAAAGAUAUAUAUCAGAUACAGUUAUUUGUAAAUAUGUUUUUACUAUUUUAAAUACAUCAGAGGAUACGUCUCUACUCACUGUAAAGAUAUUGCUGUUUGUUUA